UUUUUCCGUGAAAUGAAAUUCAUGAAAGUGAUGCAUGUUAUUUACCAAAAAUAAUCCUAAUGUUCAACGACGAGGGUUUGUAUUUUUCAAGGAGUGAUGGAUUCUGAAAAAGAUAACCUGGAAGAUGAAUCUGAUGAAAAAAAUGGAAUUGUCAAUAAUUAUCCAUUAAGGAAAAAAACAUCCGAUGCCAGCAUCUAUCACAGUGCGGAAAAUGUAACUCCCCAAACGCAGGAGAAUGCCAGAAAGUACAAAGUAUAUCCGUCCUUGCCCGAAGUGGCCUCUCCGUUUGCAGCAUCUCCCACGGGAGACAAAUCCGAUGUGACCAGCAACCAUGUCACCCCUGAACUGAGACAGCCCGUAAACACUUUGGUACUCCGCAGUGCUGGGAAGUAUGGUAAUCAUCAUGAGACCAUUCGGCUGGAUGAGCUUUAUGCCGAUAGACUGGACAGUGCAUCUCUGGUAUCCGUUGAAUCUGCAGUUUUCUUUGAUGAUAGAAAGAGGAGAAUAGAUUUUAUUUUAGUCUACUCAAGUGAUCCGUCCGAGCUAACCGAAGCACAUAAUGCUGCCAGAAAAAUUUUUGAACACAAUUUGGAAGAUGAAGGCCUUCAAUUAGAGCAUGUAUUCCAGGAAGAGACUGGCUUGGUCUACGUUAAAAUUCAUUGUCCGUGGGAAGUUCUUAGCCGAUAUGGAGAAAUUUUGAAGUUUAAAAUGCCAAUGAAAGAGAGUUUGUUGGACUCUCACAAUGCAAGACCUCCUUCCAACGUUCCUGAUUUUGAUUUUUCAAAGUACUAUUUUAGCAGUCUGUUCAGUCGCAUGACUAAUAUUACUCGAAGUGUCUCGGAUCUCCUGCAUCCAGAUACCUGUGGCGUGGGUUUCAAGGAUUGUCGAUUUUCUACUGUUUACACACGUGACAAAGAAUAUUUAUUUGAUAUACCAACAAGAAAGGAAGAGUUUUUCUCACCUGCUCAAAGAUCUAGAAUAGUUCAAUUCAUUUUAAAGCGUAAGAGUUUCACAAGCGAUCAUACGGAUGUGUUCGGAUUUGGUAUCAAGAAAUUGAUUACUGAUGGAAUUUACACAGCGGCCUAUCCUUUGCAUGAGGGAGACCUAAAAGAUAAAUCUCUUUUAAACCCUCGCUGGUUUUUGCAGAAACACUGGGCUUCAUAUUCAUGCAUUUUCAAGAAGCAGCCCUUAGAUGAAAUAAAGCAUUAUUUUGGUGUUAAAAUUGGCCUCUACUUUGCUUGGUUGGGAUUUUACACUUACAUGCUAAUUCCAGCUUCCAUUGUUGGCAUUUUAUGCUUCAUCUAUGGGUGUAUUACUUUGAAUUCCAAUGUUCCUAGCAAUGAAAUAUGCACCAGCAAGCUAAUCAUGUGUCCUAGAUGUGAUAACGAGUGCCAUUAUUGGACCUUGAAUGAGUCAUGUAAUGCUGCUAAAGUGACCUAUUUGGUUGACAAUGCUGCUACUGUCUUUUUUGCCAUUUUUAUGUCCCUUUGGGGCGCUGUAUUCCUAGAAAUGUGGAAGCGAUAUUCAGCAGAUAUAACUCAUCGAUGGGACCUUACUGGUUUUGAUACAUCAGAAGAGCAUCCUCGCCCAGAAUAUUUAGCAAGAUUAGCAAAUGAAAGGAAGAAGAAAUUAAAUUUCAUUACGAGGAUGUAUGAGCCACAUGUCCCCUUUUGGAGAAAGCGAUUGCCAUAUACUGUCAUGUCAACAUCUAUUGUACUUCUAUUGGUAACUGUUGCUGUUGCUGCCGUAGUUGGAGUGAUAUUGUAUAGGAUUUCCGUAAAUGCUGCUCUGCUGCUGAGUCGUGAUAAAACUUUGACUACUUUUGCCAGCAUCAUAACAUCUACCACAGCUGCGUUACUCAAUUUAGUUUGCAUUAUGAUUUUCAACCAGUUUUAUACAUAUAUGGCUACAUACUUGACAGAAUUAGAGCUGCACCGAACUCAAACAGAAUUUGAUGAUAGUCUCACCCUCAAGAUGUUCCUUUUACAAUUUGUGAACUACUACUCGUCCAUUUUUUACAUUGCAUUUUUCAAAGGAAAGCUUGUUGGUCAUCCUGCUGAUUAUAAUUUACUUUUUGGCUACCGUCAAGAAGAGUGUGGAACUGGGGGCUGUUUGAUGGAACUUGCUAUCCAGUUAGCAAUCAUUAUGGUUGGAAAACAGGCUCUUAACAAUCUGAUGGAAGUUAUGUUACCAUGGUUGACUUGGCUUUAUCAGUGGUGGCAGCUUCGUAAGCGACGUCAACACAGUGGAAACAGGCAUCAUGUACCGACCAGAUGGGAAGAAGAUUACGCACUUGCAGAGUGGGGUCCUACUCACCUGUUCUUCGAGUAUUUAGAAAUGAUUUUACAAUUUGGAUUUGUAACCAUCUUCGUUGCUGCUUUUCCACUCGCCCCACUAUUUGCCUUGCUCAACAAUAUUUUAGAAAUUCGGUUGGAUGCUCGAAAAUUAGUGUGCUCUUAUAGACGACCUGUGGGAGUAAGGGUACAAAACAUUGGUAUAUGGUACCGAAUUUUGGACUCCAUUGGAAAGUUAGCUGUCUUAACAAAUGGAGUCAUCAUAGCUUUCACCUCUGACAUGAUCCCUCGCAUCGUCUACCGCUUCUCUGUCUCCAACAACCAAACACUGCAUGGAUUCGUUGAUUAUAGUCUGUCCUACUUCAACACGACCGAUUUUCCCGAGCAACCACAGCCUUAUGUACUGCCAGGUACAAAAGAAGUUGUUGAUGUUGAUAUUUGCAGGUAUCGAGAUCAUCGCAAUCCACCUUCUUUUACUGAUAAAUAUGAGUACAGUAAAGAAUAUUGGCAUUUACUGGCUGUACGAUUUGCAUUUGUCCUGAUAUUUCAAAAUUUAAUCCAGUUGGUUACCACCCUCACACGUUGGAUUAUACCUGAUGUCCCAAAGAAGUUGAGGGAGAAGAUUCGCCAUGAAAAUUUCAUCACCAACGAGAUUAUCAUCGCUCAAGAACUAAGACGUGCCAAAGGCUACUGUCCCAACUUGAAGGAAGGCGGAAGUCCAUCCGGAGACACUUUCAGCAAUGCUCAUCCCGGCUACGACAAUCCCAUCAUACGAGAACAACCUGUUUGAUGAUGAAACCGCCCGAGACAUACAGGUUUUUUUGAGUUUCCAUAGUGAUGAGAAUUUGCUGGCUGCAGAUUUAUUUUUUCUUAGCAUUUCUGAUGGAUUUUAUUGCAUAUAUUUUAUCAUGUUGAAUGAGCACAAGUUUUAAAAUGCUCUUCCAUUUCUAUUGAGAUUUUAACCGUUCCUCAUGCUCAGAGCUAAAUCUGGAAGCUUAUUUGUAAAAAACUUUAUUUUAAACUAUUUGCUGCCUGAUAGGAAACAUAGAAAUCUUUUAACUUUUAACGUUUCCAAAUUGGAGGGUCUGCCAGGAUUGGUGAUUUUUAAAUUUUGAUUAAAACUUUGCCUGAAUGCUUAUAUAGUGCAGCUCUGGCUAGUUGAGGUAUAUGACCUUGACAAUGUUUACCUCCUUUUGAGGAGUUCAGUGAAAAAGUGGUGUGUAAUAGGGGGAGGGGGCAUGUAUGAGUUGGAAUAUUUUUACAUUACAAUAAAAGUAUCCCAUUUCAUUUUGGUGCCAAUUAUCCUUCCCUAUUACCUGAAAAAUAAGUAAACAUUGUCCACGUCAUAGCUCAACGUAGGAGAUCCAUGGGGGUGAGGAACCUUUUUGUACUCAAAUGCCACAAUAAAUUCAGCAGCUGGACAAAAAACCUCCUAGAGCAGAGUUUUAAGGGUUAUAUAUAAGUUUAUAUAUUUUUAAAUAGUAUCUAGUCUACUAUUGAAAAAUAUUAUUUGAGUUAUUUAAAGCUAUAUUUACACAUUUCUAAUAACACAAAUAUAAAGAACCAUUUUUAUAAUUUAUCAUAUUUAUGUACCCUUAGUGAAAUGAAAUAGUAGCCAAAAAAAAAAUGCAGUAAUGUUUCAAAAUUUUUAUUGAAAAAUUCAAUUUGCUUGAUAAAAUUCAAGGAUGCGUAGGUUCCUCACCCUAGAUAUAUAUGAUAUGAAAUGUAAGAUCUCUAUGCAAUUUUUUAUUAUUAGAUAAAAAUAUUGAGCAAUUAUCAGCUUUAAAACACGAAAUAUAAAA